AUGCCGAGGGUUGCGGCACAACCGAUCGCUACGGAGGAUGAAGCAGCUGAAAAAAAGAGACAGAAGCAGCAAAUGAUCCUAAGUGCUGCAAAGAUGGGAUCCAUAGAGCUGCAAGCAGAUUCCAACAUCCGCCUGCAACUCCCACACAGCCCGCCAAUGCCUCGCUGCGCGGCAAGGCCGUUUGCUGCAGCACUUCGCCGACGUUUCCCAUCCAUGAAGAUCACAGAUUGGGACGGGGACGACGAUGGGAAACUGCCAACGGCAUUUUCAAUGCCGCAGGCCCUUGUACCAGAUUACCUGCAAUGGGCGAGGAGCUUGGGCGUGUCCGAAGACAAACUUCAGCUUCCUCCAUGGUUGGCAGGCCUAGUGGAGACGAAAGAAGAACUGCAGGAGGCAAUAGAUGAAAAGGAACCAGACUUUUUCUCCGAGCCAAAAAGUCAUGAACUCAUGGAAUACCAGAGGCAGGGAAUCAAAUUUGGCAUCCGAAGAGGAGGCAGAGUACUGAUUGCGGACGACAUGGGUUUAGGAAAGACCGUGCAAGCCCUUGGAAUAGCUUGGGAGUAUCGGGAGAGCUUUCCCAUGCUCAUAGUCUGCCCAUCAUCUCUGCGGAACGUUUGGGAAGACCAGAUACAAAGAUGGCUCGGUCUGGAUCCUGAAACUGUGCAGAUUAUUUUUUCCGGCAGCACUCCAAUUGAGAGCACGGCUCGGAUCGUGGUUGUGAGCUAUGCUUUGCUCGGAAAGUCGGAGCAACUCCAAACCUUCCAUGGCAAGACCUAUAAACUCGUGAUUAGCGACGAAUGUCACUACAUCAAGAACCCAGAUGCUCAAAGGUCCCAGGCCCUGUUGAAGGUCGCUGGGGCUGCUGAGCGCGUUAUUUUGGUGUCUGGAACGCCAAUACUCAAUAGCGCAAUGGAGCUGUACCCCCUGUUGCAGAUUUUGGACCCCAAGAUCGCCGACAAACAUGAAUUUGCCAGACGGUACUUUGGGGGUAUCAACACGGACUUUGGAAAGACGAAGUACAUAGAUCCUCGCCGGGAGGAGGAGCUCCAUGCAUAUCUCUUCAAGACUGUUGGGAUUCGGCGGAAGAAGGAGCAGGUGUUGUCUCAGCUUCCUCCAAAGACUAGGCAGACUAUACCGCUGGCUGCCUCAUCUCCCAUCGGCAAGCUGAAAGCGAUGGAGGACAAGCUUUUCAAAUUUGCUGGCGAGGAUGCAAAAAAAGAUCCAAAGUGGUGGGCAGAUCUCCGAACAGCUUCCCACUUCCUGAUGGAGGCAAAGAAGAGGUCAGUGGGGGAGUAUAUCACAGAUGUUAUCGACAACGGGAUUGGGAAGUUCCUUCUCUUUGCACAUCACAAGGAGAUGUUGGACUCCUUAGAAACCGUGUUGAAAGAGAGGGUCGGCGGUGGCGGAUACAUUAGGAUCGAUGGCAGCACGCCCCAGCGCCAGAGAGCGGACCUGGUGAAACGAUUCCAAGAGGACCUCCACUGUCAUUGCGGGUUGCUCUCCAUCACAGCUCUUGCAGAGGGUCAGACCCUCACCAGCGCCGAGAUCGUCAUUUUUGCCGAGUUGGUGUGGACGCCGGGCACCAUUGAUCAAUGUGAGGGACGGGCUCACAGAAUCGGCCAGCAAGGAUCGGUACUUAUUCAGUACCUGUUGUUGCAAGAUUCGGAGGUUGAUCGCAGGUGUUAUCAGCGUCUGGAAGAAAAACAUAAACAUGCUGCCAAAGUGCUGGACAACAAAGAAUCUGCAUUUUGGGAAGAGACUGUGGGCCAAGAGAAGGCGAAGAGAAUGGCUGGACAAGGGCUCGGUGACAGGCCGGAUAGCCGACCAAAACCUUUCACCUCAUACAUGGCGCACCCAAAAUCACGAGCAGAGCCAGUCAAGGCUGAAGGCCUCGCUGUGCAAAAGGCUGUGAAGCCAAAGUCCAAGUCCAUACCAAAUGCAAGGAGCACGGCCUCCAAAAGCACACCAGCGAGGGUGCCAGCUCCCUCGUUGCCACUCCCAGAUGUUGAGUCCUACAAGAUCUUGGAUCAUCUCCAUUUGGGCCUGAACGUGAAAAUCGGGGCCACCUACUCCAGACAAGAGCUGGAAGCAAGAUGUAAAGGAAACGAACAGAAGUUGGGGCGGUUGCGUUUCCAUUUUCGAGAUCUGAAGAAGCUCCAACGGGUGGAUUCUGGGUCUACCAAGUCUACUGAGUCUACCCGUGAGCCGCCCACGAAGAAGCCACGGACAGAUGAACCUGAGGACUUGUGGUAG